GGGUAGCGAUUAUAGUUGGGGUCGCGACUCAGGGGGGAGCCGGGGAGGUAGAGAAGUAGCCCAGGGAGGGGAUCGGUAGGCAGGGUGAGUAGGCGGGAUACCUUUCGCUCGGAGGGUAUACGACGUCUGAGCUGCAGUGAGGCGCAUCAGUCCUUCUCUACGACCUUUGCGGCAAGGCGUGGCAGGGCAUGAUGGCAUAGCAGCCAGGCUGUGCUCAGGGCGGAGCACCGCUGAGCAGCUCACCUGCAUGACGCGACUUGGGUGGAGGCAUGAGUGACGAAGAUUCACAUUCUCAUCCACGACGAUGUUCUGUUCUUUCCUCCUCGGUCACUCAUCCUACGAACACCACACAACACCACCACAACUCCCACCAUGUCCAACACCGUCCAAGUCACCAACAUCGCAUCCACCACUUCCAAGAAGUCCCUCGAGGACUUCUUCAGCUUCUGUGGAUCAGUGUCCUCGCUGGAGCUGUCCCCUGCUGCAGAUGGAAAGCAAACCGCCAUCAUCACAUUCGCAAAGGACAGUGCAGCCAGCACCGCCACCAUGCUACACGGCGGUUCCCUGGACGGUUCUCCCCUGUCAGUCUCCCCUACUGGAUCCUCGACAAAGUCUGCCAGUGCCACGUCUGCCGUUCCUACAUCUACCUUGGGGCAGGAGGACAAGCCGCGUACUGCCGUUGUAGCAGAGCUCCUCGCUCAUGGUUACGGUCUCAGCGACGAAGUCACCAAGCGUGCCAUUGACCUAGACAACAAGCACGGCCUGACCGACACGUUCAAGACUUACCUUUCUCAGCUCGACCGAUCUCUUGGAGAGCGCGUCGUCAAGGGAACUUCUGGGCAGCCGACUACGACCAAGACUGAGGGAACCCCUUCUGGACCUGCCGCGGCUGGAGCCGCCAGCGAGAAGGAGGCCUCGGCUACCCCGCUCCCCGGCAGUGGCCCCGGCAAUGCAGACAAGCUCACCACCACCGUGCCUCAGCCGGAUGCGCAAGGAGAGCACGCCGCCACACAGGGCAGUGCUCAGCAGCCCAGUUUGGUCAGGCACCUUCAGGGUCAGGUGCAAUCACAGCUGGACAGACCAGAGGUCAAGGCCAAGACAGACUUUGCUUGGUCCAAGAUGACAGAGUACUACAACGCUUUCGCCAACCACCCCAGGAUUCACGCCCUGUAUACGAACGCCUCGAAGACCGUGACCGACGUUCACGAAGAGGCAAAGAGGAUCGCAGAGGAGAAGAAGAAGGGAGGAGCCACUGGGGCUGCCGGUACCUCGGCUCCGGUCACCUCCACCACGACCACCGCUUGAACUCAGGAAGGGAAAAGACGGAGGGAUGGCCAGGCUAUGCUGGGAUUGGACUGGAGAGAAGAGAUUUAUGAAAUAACGCGAGACUCGUGACGGCGUGUGUAAGCUCGACUUCUCAAUCAUUCUUUCUGAUACCAAGGGAAUCAAUCACUCCAUCAUUCGAAGGGUCUACGCACGUUCAGUCCUUGAGACGUUUCACUAGAUCAUUACCAGCACGGUCGAGCUUCCCGUCGCCGCCUC